UUAGCUGAAGCGGACACGAUUUUUCGAUCAUGGAGGUUGUGAGCGGCUUGGUGAGGCCGCUGUGUGUCUUGGGUAUGGACGCUGCCAAGAAGGUAUGGGACUGCAAUGCCAACAUUGAAAGGCUGGAGAAUGCCAUGGCACCCCACAUCCAGGCCAAGAUCAAAGCUUUCAGUGAGCACAAGGAGCGAAAUGGACCUGGCUUUAUGUUCUCUGAAGCGGCUCCCUCUCGCUCUGGAAGUGAUUGGCAGUGCCAUGGCUGUCCACAGAAGUGAAGGGCCACAUGUGUGGGAAGAACGAUAUAAAAGGUUGCACUUGUCCAAUGAUCCAGACGUUGAGAAGCAGAUGUUCAAGCGCUUGAAGUUCAGCUAUGACGAGCUGGGAAACUAUGAGGGUGAAAAGCUGCAAGAGUGCUUUCUCUAUGUGGCCGCAUUCCCAGAAGAUAGGUGGAUUGGGUUUACUGAGUUGAGGAACUGUUGGAUGGAGGUUGGGUCAGAACUCUCACCCACAGCGAUUGUCAAUGAACUGGAACGGAGAUGCCUGGUGAAGAUAUCUAAGUCUUGGAGGGAUGAAGAAGCUCCUGGUUAUAUAACAGUACACGAUAUGCUACGCAAACUGUGCAUAAGAAUCUUAAAAGGGAAGUACAGCCCACAGCAAGAGCACGAGAAGGGAUGCCUGUUUGGAUAUGAGUGGACAAGUGGCAUUCAGGAUGCAACAUUUGCUAAAGUCUCACUCAUCUCAAAGAAUGUUGGCAGCUUUCUAUCCGAUAAUCAUGUGCGAGAUGUCUUACUUCUGGAUGAGUGUGAAGGACUUUCUAAUGUGGAUGACAGUCUUAUCGAUCACAUACAAGGUGUCAAGGUAUUGAGCUUGUGGCGAUGCUAUGAGAUCCGUUUUAUUCCAGAGAGCAUUUCCAAGCUGAAAAACCUUCAACUGCUUGACAUUCGAGAAACAGGAGUGAGUCAAUUACCAGAUGCGCUUUUCAGCCUGACAUCACUGAAAUAUCUAAAAUCUACUCAGUGGAUGCCGAUAAAAUGUAACAUUGCAUUACUGCCCCAGCUCUCCAACUUGGAAGAGCUGGAGCUGAACGUUGAUUCAAAAGAGGACCCCUCAGUUGUGGAUUUCACUGGAAUUUCGCGUAAACUAAGACUUCUAGAGCUAAGAAUGAUAGAUGGUACAAUGAAGGUUCCAGAAAGCAUGGGGAAGCUGGAGCACAUUGAAACAUUGGAUUUACAUGCGAAGUGCAUCGACUUUGUCAGUAUCGUUGGGCUAUGGGAACUUGUCAGCCUAACAACUUGUAAAAUUUGUGUGCAAUCCGUUAGUAGAGCUCCCUGGAAGCGAAUGUUUAAGAAAUCAAUCAGGCUUAAAGUUUUUUCCAUUACUGGGGUAGAAGACAGUGAAAAUAAUGAUGACACCUUCGAAUGGUUGCAACUACGAUAUUUAAAAAUCCGUGAUAUUAUAAACCUAUCUUGGUUGCCCCACCGCCUAGAAACACUUGAAAUUGACUGCAGUGGUAUCCACUUGUUCAACCUGGAUGGAUCAUUCCCACGUCUUGAAAAGCUGUAUCUUACUCAUCUACACAUUGCACAGUCAGAAUUCAAGGAUGAUUUGGCUGCCAGUCUUCCAAAUCUGAAGCAGUUGGACUUUUGGCUAGCUCCUGAUAUUGAAUGGGAGCACUUGCCUCUCUUUGUGGCACAGCUCCCCAAUCGCCCCGAGAGUCUGAAACUAACGGGUUGCAUAAAGAGACUGUUGUUGCCAACCGAGAGGUCGUCACUUCAGGUUAAAGAUGUUUUCGUAUCGAGCAAGAAGAUGCAAAAUGAUUUCUUUGAGCCAUCAGAUCAAAUGACUGAUAUAGAAACUCCAGGGCGCAUUUCCCAGGCUGGAAGAGCUACACUGCCCGAAAGGCAUGAAAAUUCCACCUUGGCUUGA